GCCCACAGUCAAUCCCUGGCCUGAGGCUGGUGGGUCUUCCCACCUCGUUGUUCCGGGUUUCUUUUUAGUUUCCCGCGGGAACCGACUCUUGAAGAGAACCAACCGCGGCCAAGAGUUUUUGCAGCCUGGCCAACCAGAGGCGCGGUGGGCGGUGGCGGGACAGAGUGUUGAUCCUGAGAGUCCGCUGGCUGCUACCUGGAGGGGCGUCCGGCGCCCAAGUGGGCAUCCUCCUUCUGGCGUGAGGCAUUGGCGGGACCAGCAUCACCCAUCAGAAGACCUCUUCGUUUAACGGGGCUCAACCUCGGCGACAAUGUCCAGCCAGAUCAUGUCAGCCCUACCCCAAACAUCUUCUAGUAGCCUGGACUUGUGGAGGGAAAAGAAUGUCCGGCUCGUUGAACAGGCUAGGAAGCUGACUGGGGAUUCUCGGCUGUCUCUGAGGCGACAGCAGUUGGCUCAAGACACACUGGAAGGGUUUAGGGAGCUCCUCUUCACUUUGCAAGGGCUCCCUGCCGCUGUUCCUGCUCUCCCCUUGGAGCUGAGUGUCAUCUGUAAUUACAUAAUCCUGAGGACUAGCCUGGCCCAGGGUUUCCCUGAAGACCUUACCCAGGAUGUUCAAAGGGGCCUAGAGAGAGUGCUGGAGACCCAGAGUCAGCUGGAGCCCAAGUCACAGCAGGGACUCCAGGAGCUGUGGCACUCUGUGCUCUCUGCCUCCUCCCUCCUGCCGGAGCUGCUACCUGCCUUACACUGCCUGGCCAGCCUUCAAGCUAUCCUGUGGAUGAGUACUGACCACCUGGAGGACCUGGCCUUGCUGUUGCAAACCCUGAGUGGCAGCCAGACUGAGACCUCUGAGGAUCUGCUAAUACUGCUAAAAUCCUGGAGCCCUUCCGCUGAGAAGUCAGAUGCCCCAUUGAUUCUGCAGGAUGCUGAGGAUCUGAGGGAUGUCCUUUUGACUACACUUGCCUACCGCCAAGGUCUCCAGGAGCUAAUCACAGGGAGCCUACCCCGAGCACUGAACAGGCUGCAUGAAGCAGCCUCAGGCGUGUGUCCACCAUCUGUGUUAGUCCAGGUGUACACAGCACUGGGGACCUGUUUCCGUAAGAUGGGAAAUCCACAGAGAGCAUUGCUCUACUUGACUGCAGCCUUGAAGGUGGGUACAACCUGUGCCCUUCCGCUUCUGGAGGCUUCUAGAAUAUAUCGGCAACUAGGAGACACUGCAGCAGAGCUGGAGAGUUUAGAGUUGCUGGUUGAGGCCUUGAGUGCCACUCAUAGUUCAACGCUCAAACUUCAUAUUGAGGUAGAAUUGCUACUUCCACAACCUGACCCAGCCUCUCCUCUGCAUUGUGGCACACAGAGCCAGGCCAAGCGCCUGCUAGCAAGUCGGUGUCUACAGACAGGGAGGGCAGAAGAUGCUGCGGAACAUUACUUGGACCUGCUAGCUAUGUUGCUGGGUGGCUCAGAACCAAGGUCCUCCCCACCCACCUCUUCUCCAGGGCCUUGUAUACCAGAGUUGUGUCUGGAGGCCGCAGCAGCGCUGAUCCAGGCAGGCCGAGCCCCAGAUGCUUUGACUGUAUGCGAGGAGCUGCUCAGCCGAACCUCAUCUCUUCUUCCUAAGAUGUCCUUGUGGAAAAAUGUCAGAAAAAGAACCAAAGAACUGCCAUACUGCCCAAUCUGGGUCUCUGCCACCCACCUGCUUCAGGGCCAGGCUUGGUCACAACUAAAGGCUAGAAAAGAAGCACUCAGUGAGUUUAGCCAGUGUCUUGAGCUGCUCUUUCGGGCCCUGCCUGAGGACAAAGAACAAGGGGCAGGCUCCAACUGUGAGCAGAAGUGUCAGCCUGAUGUGGCACUGAAACACCUUCAAGUAGCUGCUCUGCUUAGUCGUGGGCUGGAAUGGGUAGCCAGUGGCCAGGAUACCAAAGCCUUAAGUGACUUUCUCCUUAGUGUGCAGAUAUGCCCAGGCAACAGAGAUGGUUCCUUUUACCUGCUUCAGACUCUGAAAAGAUUGGAACGGAGGAAUGAGGCCACUGCUUUCUGGAGGGAGACCCAAAAUCAACUGCAACAGGGAGAAACCAUCUGGUCUCUUCCACUGUACUUAGAAACCUGUUUGAGCUGGAUCCAUCCCCCUAACUGUGAAGCUUUCCUCAAGGAAUUUGGAACAUCUCUGCUAGAAGUCUCAUGAAUGACCUGUAGCUUCCUUGUUUCCAGGAGCUUGAGCUAGGGCCCCUAUGGACCAUCUCCAUGGGGAGGGUUUUUUUCUGCUUGUCCUCUGGAUAAUAUGGCUGGAGCUGAUUGUUCCUAAGUAACUCCUCCACUGAUGAGGUUGGUGGUCUUGUGAAUCUUGGCCUACUUACUGCCAGUCUAGUUCUAAAAUGGUUCCAUGGACAAAUCAUUGAUUUUGGUUAUGACACUUUUUUUUCUUUUUCUUUUCUUUGUGUGUGUGUGUGUGUGUGUGUGUGUAUAUAUAUAUGUAUAUAUAUAUAUAUAUAUAUAUAUAUAUAUAUAGUAAAAUCUCAUAUUUAUCUCUUAUCUGCUUACUACACAGGGUUGAAUGGGAAAGCUCAUGGCAGACUAGUUGGUGUUGGUUAUUUACAAUGCUGUUUGUUCAACAUCCAUCUUCCAGACCUUCCCUGCCUCCUAGGUCUCCUCUUCCCUCCCACCUUCCUUUUGGAAGGUUGGAUUCUGGGGACUGAACUCCAAAUUCUCACAUAUAAGUCUACAGUCCCUAUCCCUCACCCAGGCCCCACCAUCUAUCUUAAGAGCUCGAGGUGUGAGUAUGAGGAAAAGCCUACAUUUAUCCUUCUGAGGAAGCAGUGACAUAGUCCUUUUAAAAUUACUAUUAAAACUUUAUUUACUUAUUUUUAA